AUGGAUACGGACACGACGUCUACCGACUCCCAGUUCCAUCCUGCUCCUGCUUUCUCCGCGGCCGGAGCGCGCGCCGUCGUGUGCUCAUUGGCCGCCCGGGGCGCCGAGAGCCUCGCCCGCGGCCUCGUCACCUGCGUCUUCGCGACAGUGGGCACGGUCCUCGGCGCGAUCACCGGCGGGCUGAUCGGGCUGGCCACGGAGACGGGCGUGCUGCGCGGCACGGGCGUCGGCGGCAUCACGGGCGCGCUAGUGUCCAUGGAGGUCGUCGACUCGUCCCUCGCGUUGUGGUGCUCCGACGAGCCGGCCAUCUGGAGCGUCGUCUACGUGCUCGAUGUGAUCUGGAGCUUGCUGAGCGGCCGCCUCGUGCGCGAGAAGGUGGACCCCGCCGUGCUCAACGCCGUCGAGAGCCAGAUGAGUGCAGCGGAGGCACCGGUCUUGCAUGGAGACCACGCAGACAUCUUCGGCACGGGCGGCACCAACGGCAUGGCGAGGGUCGCCAUCGACGCGCUCCCCGUGGUGAGGUUCACCGAGCGCAGCAACGUCGACGCCAGCGGCGAGCUCAUCGCCUGCUCGGUUUGCCUCCAGGAGUUCGAAGCCGGCGAGAGCGCUAGGAGCCUGCCGGUGUGCCGCCACACGUUCCACCUGCCGUGCAUCGACGGCUGGCUGCUCCGGCACGCCUCCUGCCCCUUGUGCCGGCGCGCGGUCUAG